GGCUGCCGACUGCUGCCACCGCAAUCCCGGCUCCUAAAUCAGCGCGGGAGGCACCCCUCCCCCACCCGGCUCCCCAGGCGCCGGGGCCGCGAUUGGCCGUGCGGGCGCCCCCCGCCCCCGGGCCCCGGUUCCAGCCGCCGCGCCAUUGGCUGCCAGCCUCCGCCAGCCUUUACAUAAGCCCGCGCGCGCUCGAGUGGAGUUGUAUAAAGCCAGCGAGCGGCGUCGGGGCGGGAGGCUCGAGGCCAGCCCAGGACUGGGGCUGGGGGCGGUCAGAGGCGGCGGCAGAGGCGGCGGCAAGCGCCCGCGCUCCGGCGCCCCCAGGCUGUGGGGCUGAGCGAGUCCGAGGAUGGCUCCGCGAGCGGACCCUGGCAUGCUGAGGAUGUUACUAUUCCUCCUGAUGUUGUGGCUUCUGCCCCCCUCUGAGGAAUCCCAGCGGGUUGAACCCAUGUUCACUGCAGUCACCAACUCAGUUCUGCCCCCUGACUAUGACAGCAACCCCACCCAGCUCAACUAUGGUGUGGCAGUUACUGAUGUGGACCAUGACGGGGAUUUUGAGAUCGUUGUGGCAGGGUACAAUGGUCCCAACCUCGUUCUGAAGUAUGACCGGGCCCAGAAACGGCUGGUGAACAUCGCUGUAGAUGAGCGCAGCUCACCCUACUACGCACUGCGGGACCGUCAGGGAAACGCCAUCGGGGUCACGGCCUGUGACAUUGAUGGGGAUGGCCGAGAGGAGAUCUACUUCCUCAACACCAAUAAUGCCUUCUCAGGAGUGGCCACAUACACUGACAAGCUAUUCAAGUUCCGCAACAACCGGUGGGAAGACGUCCUGAGUGACAAGGUCAACGUGGCGCGUGGCGUGGCCAGCCUCUUUGCCGGACGCUCUGUGGCCUGUGUGGAUAGGAUGGGCUCCGGACGUUACUCAAUCUACAUCGCCAAUUAUGCCUACGGUAACGUUGGCCCCGAUGCCCUUGUUGAGAUGGACCCUGAAGCCAGUAUCCUUUCCCGGGGCAUUCUGGCCCUCAGAGAUGUGGCUGCUGAGGCCGGGGUCAGCAAAUACACAGGGGGCCGGGGAGUCAGCGUGGGUCCCAUCCUCAGCAGCAGUGCCUCGGAUAUCUUCUGUGACAAUGAGAACGGGCCCAACUUCCUCUUCCACAAUCGAGGUGACGGUACCUUCGUGGAUGCUGCGGCCAGUGCUGGUGUGGAUGACCCCCACCAGCAUGGGCGAGGCGUCGCCCUGGCCGACUUCAACCGUGAUGGCAAGGUGGACAUUGUGUAUGGCAACUGGAACGGUCCCCACCGCCUCUACCUGCAAAUGAGUGCCCACGGGAAGGUCCGAUUUCGGGACAUUGCCUCACCCAAGUUCGCCAUGCCCUCCCCAGUCCGCACGGUCAUCGCCGCCGACUUCGACAAUGACCAGGAGCUGGAGGUCUUCUUCAACAACAUCGCCUACCGCAGCUCCUCAGCUAACCGCCUUUUCCGUGUCAUCCGCAGGGAGCACGGGGACCCCCUCAUUGAGGAGCUCAAUCCUGGUGAUGCCUUGGAGCCUGAGGGCCGGGGCACAGGAGGCGUGGUGACAGACUUCGACGGAGAUGGGAUGCUGGACCUCAUCUUGUCCCACGGAGAGUCCAUGGCUCAGCCACUGUCCGUCUUCCGGGGGAAUCAGGGCUUCAGCAACAACUGGCUUCGAGUGGUGCCAAGGACGCGGUUUGGGGCCUUCGCCAGGGGGGCCAAGGUGGUGCUCUACACCAAGAAGAGCGGUGCCCACCUGAGGAUCAUCGACGGGGGCUCAGGUUACCUGUGUGAAAUGGAGCCUGUGGCACACUUUGGCUUGGGGAAGGAUGAAGCCAGCAGUGUGGAGGUCACAUGGCCAGAUGGCAAGAUGGUGAGCAGAGGCGUGGCCAGUGGGGAAAUGAACUCAGUGCUGGAGAUCCCCUACCCCCAGGACGAGAAUAAACUUCAGGACCCAGCCCCACUGGAGUGCGGCCAAGGAUUCUCCCAGCAGGAAAAUGGCCAUUGCAUGGAUACCAAUGAAUGCAUCCAGUUCCCGUUCGUGUGCCCUCGGGACAAGCCUGUGUGUGUCAACACCUAUGGAAGUUACAGGUGCCGAACCAACAAGCGGUGCAGUCAGGGCUACGAGCCCAACGAGGACGGCACAGCCUGUGUGGCUCAAGUGGCCUUUUUAGGUGGGUACCCCUCUGCAGCCUUUAGACUCUCUGAACCUCACUCUUGGGCCUCAUAUCUUUCCUUAGGCCUUGGACUUUGCCUUCAAUUAUAUGCACUUUAAAUCCCAUCAAUAAAAAAAGAAAAAAAUACAACAAAACUAACAACCUUUGUGGAAAACUAAA